AUGAAUAAUGGAAACAUAGUAGAUACAAAUUUUUAUUUAAAUACGUGCUACUUGACUAGCUAAAGGUUAUGUUGUGACGUUUUUGUGACGUAAUAUUGUGCUUGUUCGCAUGUUAUAUAAAAUAUUUUAAAUAUGAGGAUGUGUGGUGGAGAGUGGGACUAUUCUGUAGUUCUGAACUCUGGAAACAUGAAUCGUCCCAAUUCUCCAAGGAGAUGUACUUUGCACCCCAUGUACUAAUUACUUUAUUGCUCCAAAGUCCAGUCUAAGUAUAACAGAAGUAGAUUAGCUUUUAACAGACGUAUUUUUCUGCGUUUCAUAAAUUUAGGUUACAAAUAACUGUUUAGCACGCCCAUUGGUUUUAAAUAUUAUGCUCUUUUGCAUGGCUUUUUUUACUUAAUUUACCUGGUAACUUAACCGUAAAGUGUUAACUUUUGCGCUGAGAAAGAGUUACUAUAGUCAGUUGUAGCUAGUUCUUGUUAUCGUAGUUUUUUUUUUUUCACAAACCUUAACUUUUUCUCCUAUUUUUGUUGUGAUAGAGUUUUUGUUAAAAUCCAUAGUGCAAAAUAAUUUCGUGUAAUAUAAAUUUUCCUUUCUUGGAAUAUGUAUGCGAUAAAUGGUAAAAACCUUAUGAAUAAGCUUGCCUCAAGUCGGCUCACAAACUGGAUCAUGUUUAGAGGAUUUGCUACCCAAAUUACAGAGGGCGUGACAGUUUAUGGCGAAAUCAAGCCUGGGUACGACUCCAUACUCACUCACGAUGCUUUGAAGUUUGUUUCUGAGCUGCAUAAGAAAUUUGAACCUACUCGCCAGUACCUACUUUGCGAAAGAGUAAAAAGACAAAACUUAAUCGAUGCAGGGGAAAAUCUUAAGUUUGCUGUGGGAAACCAUGACGACAAAUGGAAAGUCGCACCAGUCCCUGCUGAUCUCCAAUGCCGUCACUGUGAAAUCACAGGACCGGUCGAAAGGAAAAUGAUCAUUAACGCUUUAAACAGUGGAGCUGAUGUGUUUAUGGCGGAUUUUGAAGAUUCGUUAAGUCCAACUUGGAAUAAUAUCAUCGAAGGACAUAUAAAUCUACGCGAUGCCAACUUAAAAACUAUUGAGUUUUUAAACCCAGAUGGCUCAACAAGAAAAUUAAAAGAAAAAAUUGCCCAACUUUUAGUUCGUACUCGCGGAUGGCACUUGGACGAGAAACAUGUACACGUUGAUGGUAAACCAGUGUCUGGAGGUCUUAUAGAUUUUGCUUUGUACUUCUUUCAUAAUAUACACAACAGACUUGAAAAUAAUUCCUCGACUUAUUUCUACUUGCCCAAGAUGGAACAUCAUCUCGAAUGCAGAUUGUGGAACGACAUCUUCGAAUUUUCCGAAAAGUAUCUGUGCAUUCCCACAGGUAAAAUACGUGCAACAAUUAUGGUGGAAACCUUUCCUGCUGCUUACGAAAUGGAGGAAAUGCUGUAUGAAUUAAGAAAUUAUGCUUGUGGAAUGAAUGCCGGGAGGUGGGAUUACAUUUUUAGUAUAAUUAAAACGUUGAAGUCACGCGAUGAUUGCAUAAUGCCAGAUCGAAAACAGGUUACCAUGCAAGUACCUUUUAUGCGAUCUUAUGCUGAACGUCUUGUCCAAAUAUGCCACAAACAUGGCGCCCAUGCCAUGGGUGGUAUGUCAGCUUUUAUUCCGUCACGACGUUAUGAAGAGAUCAAUAAGACGGCGAUUAGCCAAGUUACAAUUGAUAAAGAAAGAGAGGUAGAAGAGGGGUACGAUGGGACUUGGGUUGCGCACCCGGAUUUGGUAAAAUUAGCGAAGGAUAUCUUUAUGAAAGGACUAAACGCAAAAGAUAACCAAAAAGAAAGGGCUCCUUUCGACAAAAUUAUUACUGAAAAUGAUUUAAGCACAAUAGUAAUCGAUGGCGGUAAGGUUACGGAAGAAGGCGUGCGUGUGAACGUUUCCAUCGGAUUGCAAUAUCUUAAUUCGUGGUUUCGAGGGCAUGGUGCUGCUGCAAUUAACAAUUUAAUGGAGGAUGCAGCAACGGCAGAAAUUUCACGCGCACAAUUAUGGCAGUGGUUGCAUCAUAGCACGAAAUUGGAUGACGGAAGGACAUUAACAGAAGCGUUAUUUAAAACAGUUUUGUCAGAGGAAGUUGAGAAGUUAGGUGGUCGUGAAAACGAAUCAUUUUUUUCAGCUGCUGAAAUAGUGGAAAAGUUAGUUGUGUCAAAUGACUUUGAAACAUUUUUGACAAUUCCAGGUUAUGAUUGUUUGGUUGGUUCAUUAAAAAGAUAAUAUUGAUUUACAAAUCAUUGCCUGUUCUGUCAUGAGUAAACUUUUAGUGUUUGUAGAAAAACUGGCCAUAAGUGGCAGAAAAGGCUAUAAAUACAAAA